GUUGACUUGUGGCGCUUCCCUUUCACUUGUCCUGGCUGCGCUGUUGCUGUUGCUGUCCUGAUACCCGACUCUGCUUUGCUCCUGUUCCCGUGCGGUGAUUAACUAACGCCGACUCUACCUCCUACGAGGAGAACGAUCUCGUCGUUUGAUCAGCAAUACCUACCUGCACUUAUCACCGAGCUGCUGUCUCAGCUAGGCGUAGGAGGUACAUCUUGGCCGCCUCCCUCCAACCUCGCCUCCCACUCAACAUGCAGUUCUUCAAGAGGCAAAAGGCCACUUCGGCUGAUGUUCCGCCUUCGACUUCGCACAGCACCCAGCCUUCCAUACACAAGGACGAUGAUUCCGAGAAACGCGCAGCAGAUACUCUGGACAAGUCCGGGACGCACCUUGCCGUCACGUCUCCAUCGCCCACAAGACAGCUUUCUACAGACAGUACAGACUCUUCCGGCCAUCCCCAAGUGCCUGCCAAUGAGGCCACCCUGGAGAAGAGGAUUGAAGGCAUCGAGGCCGACGUCGAUGAGCCUGCUGCCGACGGCACAGUGUACCCCAAAGGCAUGAAGCUCGCUGCCAUCACCGCUGCACUCAUGCUCAGUGUCUUCUGCAUGGCUUUGGACAACACCAUCAUCAGUACCGCCAUUCCCAAAAUCACCGAUCAGUUCAAGGCUAUAGACGAUGUAGGCUGGUAUGGUUCCUCUUACCUGUUGACGACAUGCGCCUUUCAACUGUUCUUCGGCAAGCUCUAUACUUUUUUCUCGAUCAAGUGGGUCUACAUGGUGGCACUCAUCAUCUUUGAGAUCGGAUCUGCCGUGUGCGGAGCUGCUCCCGACUCCAUGUCUUUGAUUGUUGGUCGAGCUGUAGCGGGUGUGGGAUCUGCUGGCAUUUUCUCGGGCGCCAUCCUCAUCGUCGCAAAUACCGUUCCGCUCUCGAAGCGUCCCAUGUACACCGGGCUCAUCGGAGCUAUGUACGGUCUUGCUAGUGUUGCGGGUCCGCUCAUGGGCGGUGCUUUCACUGACCAUGUGUCCUGGCGCUGGUGCUUCUACAUCAACCUUCCUAUCGGCGCCGUGACCCUGAUUUUCAUCUUCUUUUUCUAUCAUCCAACAACACGUGCAAAGUCGUUGGCUGCAGGCGGCUGGAAGGCCAAGCUUGAGCAGUUUGACAUGUAUGGCACUAUAAUCUUCUUGCCCAUGAUUGUCUGCCUCCUUCUGGCUUUGCAGUGGGGAGGUAGUAAGUAUUCAUGGUCUGAUGGUCGCAUCAUUGGUCUUUUCGUGGUCUUCGGGGUGCUAGCCUUGGUCUGGGGCGGUAUCCAGUACUGGAAGCAGGACAAUGCUACAGUACCGCCACGCUUAAUCACACAGCGCACGGUUGCGUCCGCAGCAUGGUUUGGUGCAACGCUUGGCGCAUCCUUUUUCAUCUUCGUUUAUUAUCUGCCGAUCUGGUUCCAGGCCAUCAAGGGCGUAUCCGCGACUCAGUCGGGAAUUCGCAACAUUCCCAUGAUCCUUGGCUUGGUCAUUGUAUCCGUGAUCGCGGGAGCCAUCAUCACUGUGCUAGGCUACUACACUCCGUUCGUAAUUGGCAGUAGUGUAUUGAUGGCCAUUGGUGCCGGCAUGCUGUCGACACUGACACCAAGCUCUGGAAGUCCCGAAUGGAUUGGAUAUCAAGUUCUUUUCGGCGCAGGAGUCGGUAUGGGUAUGCAGCAGACAUUGAUUGCCGUCCAGGCGGUGCUUCCGGCGCCAGACAUUCCCAUCGGAACGGCCACAGUCAUGUUCUCCCAAACACUCGGAGGCGCUCUCUUCAUCUCUGUCGCCCAGAACGUCUUCCAGAAUAAACUGCUCACGAAUUUGCGGACUCUGGUGCCUGGAUUGGAUCCUGCCAUCGUCCAGAAUACAGGUGCAACGGAACUAGCUAGCAUCAUUCCCGCCGAGUUUCAAGACGGUGUGAAGCUGGCGUACAAUGGCGCUAUCAUGAGCUGCUUCUAUGUCGCCGUUGCUUGUGCCGGGCUCUCCAUACUCGGAUCGAUGUUCUUCGAAUGGAAGAGCGUCAAAGGCAAGAAACUGGAGAUGGCUGCCGCCUGAGGUCUGGUUAAGAUGCUUGCAUGUGCGGCUACUGUACUUAUAUUAUUGAACAAAGGAUACCCUGGUUGGCAUAGCGAAACCACAGCAGUGUGUAGACGGCAUCAGCACUCGACUCACGUAUUUACGACAGAUGAUAGAUUUCAGUAGACAGACACAAGAAUACCUAAUAGACUGUGAUUGAC